AUGCCACUUGAAGAGAUCAGUCCCAACAUCCAGAAAGAUGUCUCCCACAAUGGCGCCACACAGGAUGACCUGCAACCAACGACGUCCAUGGCCUCACUUCGCUCCGGUGCCGUGCAAAGCAUGCUGAGAAACACGACUGAAUUGGGAGACUGUGGCCAAUUCGCUGUUCGGCCUUCACGGAUACCUCGUUCCAGUUCCCGCUUGCAGUCAUCUAAACGCCGUGCUGGUUCCUUCGAUACCUCGUUCAACCCUCACCUCGAGUACCAACGACCACCACGACGACAGUCUCACCGCCGCCACCAUGGGCCUCGGCAGGUUCCAUCAUCUUCGGCCUUAUCAGGACGAGAGACUAUUCAUUCUGCCCAGACAUCUCUUCACUCAGAGUUCCGCUCCAAGAGAGCUGGUCCACGGCAUAGAUCCCAACAACACCUCACUGGUCCCGGCGUCCCUGCUCGUCCACUUCACUCGCAUAGGUCGCUGAUCACUCUCCGCAGUCACCGUGACUUUCACAGCCUGCAUUCGAGUUCCCCCCUGAUCACUUCUGGCCACAGACGCCGGACCGGUUAUCGGGCUUCCUCUCCUGCCCUCAGUGAGGCAUAUCCCUACAGGCAUGGUGCAAGACAUGGCUAUCCAAGAGUGGGAAGUGUCGGAACGGUUGCAUCCUCCCCCAUCUCUGCGUAUCGUUUGCGUCCUGGCCCACCUGUAUAUCCUACCGACCUGAAUAAUUCCACCUCUUCCUUCGUUCGUUUGCCGUCGCCAGCAAUCUCCUCUCUCAAUGAGUUUGCUGGUCAUCCCUAUCAAAGGACCACUACUCCCAUGUCCAAUUCUCUCCAGAGUUUCCGGCCAGUCUGGAAUCACAGCGCUGCCUCGUCUCGAGGUCUACCGAAGUCUCCAACUGAGUCUACGACACCUCACUACUACGACUACUCUGAAUCAUUUCUCGAGGAGGAUUGUUUCUCUCCUCCCGACGACACCUCUGCCGCCAAUUUGCCCUUCAAUAUGGACCAGACAAUCCUAGACAACCUCCCCGCACCAGAACGACGCCAAGCUCAAUCACCUUUCGGCACAGUCCCUGGCUCAGCCUUUCAUCCAUUGGAGCUGCCGACCGCGCAUAACCGCCGAGUGAGCGAGCAGUCAAAGCAGUCCAAGUAUAGCUUCGUUGGCAUGAUUCCACCCCGGAAGUCAAGCCUUGGGGCCACCACCGCACCACCGAUGAGGUCUCUUUCUGGAAAUAAAAAGGUGAUUGAGAGACUUCCUCCUUCCGAGCAGGACCACCUCGAUCGACGAUCGAAAGACGAAAAAGAUAAUUCGCAGACGUCGACCACCUCACGUCGAACGUGUGGCUCAAGUCACUCGAGUGCAUUCUUUCCAAAUACAAGUCGAAGCCCGCGUGAUCUUACAACUCUUGCUGCCCGAGUCCAUUCGCCUGUAUUUGACCACAAGCCUUCCAUAUCUAGGUUGAUGGAAUAUGGAGAUCCGCAUUGUGACGAAAGCUACCAACCAGCAUUCCGUGGCGUUCAACGGGCUCACUCUCAGUGGGAAUUACCUUCAUUUAAUUUUAGACCACUGUCCUUCGGUUCUUACUCGUCUGGGUUAAAGGAACGACCAAAGACAUCUGGCGACAUUCGUUCGAAAGAUCACCCCGAGAUCUUGUCGCCAAUGCCCGAGCGGCCAAUGUCAUCGCAGAGUAGGAAGCGAUUCAGUCGCAUUCUGGAAAUUUCUGAUAGUUAUGUGCCUGACCAGGGAAAACCGGCUCAUUUUGUUCAGACCUUCUCUCGGCUGGAUGCCGUUGAAGAGCAUCCAGACUUGCAGUUCCUCGAAAGAGUUCUGUCACCCCAACUGCGAGAUAGGCCAAAGUUAGGAGCUGUCGAGGAGCAGAGCCAGUGGGAGAAAAUGGCGACUGAGCAAGCACUCCCCAGCACUAACGCAGACGGCAGUCAGAUUACCAUGCAUGAAAGGUCCACCAUCGAGUCCCUUCUCGAUAGACAUAUUGAAUGUCUAGGACUGAAUGACGACGGGACCGACUGCGACGAUGCACCACAUCUCCAAACACACAGUCCCCCUGAGCAUUCAGAGGCGGCAGUGAAUAGUAGCGUGGAGAGCACCAUCCGAGCAACGUCCAGUAUGCCGCGGUUUUUGUCUUCAUGCAACUUGAGACCGACGACCUCGAGCUCAACUAUUCGACACUCCAGCCUCGCCAGUUCGGAAAGGCGUCGACUCAUUCCCCGGCGUCUGUUUGCCAGUAUGGAUGCCAGACUUUCUCCUGGAGCCAUUCUAGAAGAUCAAGUCAAUUCUAGAUUCAUUUUGUCUUCUGUGAGCUCCGGAUUUCGGGAUCAUUCAUCUGGGUGGCAGACACUCCAGUCAACCAGCGGACUCUUGACCUCAGAGUCGACGAAGUCUACCCGAUCCAACGCAAAAUUUUCACUGACUUCUGGAGACAUGGCCGACAUUGACUCGGACCCACCACAGACGAAAUUCAAGGUCCGAAGAUUGUCGGAGCUGAGUCUCAGCCCAGAGGUAACUGGCGAAUUGCCGACUCAAGGAGCGCUACAUACUCAUCGCAGGUCAAAAAGCGACACGCUCGCAAGACAAGCAUCGCAUCAAAGACGGCGAGCACGAAUUCUGAUGAAGAGCCGGAGGAAAUCCCAGAGUCUUGGGCAAUUGGGAGUCCUCGAACAAACGGGACAGUUGCUGGAGGUCGUUGGGCGAGAUGAAGAAUGGGUAACUGAUGAUUCGCCCGAAAAGAUGAGCGAGACCUCGCCAGUCGCUGGCUACGCCGAAUUGAGUGCAGAUUCAGUGGCAGUACUGCCUCCAACGACGGUCUCUGCAGGUAGUAUUCUUGUGCCGACGCCUAUGCCUCGGAGAUGGACCAGUAUGCUGGCGGCGAUGCCGGACCCUGUCAAGAAAGGCAUUGAAAUUGUUCGAAAAGCAUCAGUCAGGACUGUCCAUUCGCACCGAAGCAAUACUAGCGUCAUCGAGCCUUUGAACAGUACACGGUACAGUUCUCAGAUUCCCCGCUUGGGAUCGGUGCCCCAGCUAGCACCUCCUGAAUUAGGGCCGCCGCUCACUUCUUCAGAACUGAAUCUCAGCCUUCGGUUCCCGGACCAACCUCAGGCGCUGUAUAGGCCGCCUCUCCGAGAAGUCCAAAGCUUCUUCUCUGACGACAGCUCGGCUGCAAUGGCGCAGAAACAGCCUUCUACCAUCAGAAAGAAAUUUGACCUGCACAGCCUUCGCAGUGGAUUCACAAAGUCCACAGGACUGCUGGGAACACGACAUAGCUCUACCCAACAGGAAACCAGUACACUGAGACUCAGCCAGUCGUGCCAUAUAAAAACACAGCAUUCGUUCGAGUAUCCACAUCCAGAUUUGGGAGAUACGGUUCCAAUGUCCGAUUUUGCGUACAAGAAGCGGAAAGUGCUCAGCCGAGUCAAGGAUUGGUGGAAGAGACAGUGCAUGCAGAAGACCUUUGCUCUCGUGAGGAACCGAAGUGGCAGGAAUAUGCAACAUGGAGCUUUUGCAUAG